AUUUCUAACAAUACCCAUUGUAGUUCAUGGACCAAACUUCCAGACCGUCGCCAUUAUGAAAUGGAUGGAAUGGGUUCCUACUUUAUCUCUCCACUCUCAUCCUCUCCAGCGGCUUCUGCAGCCAAUUCUCGGAAGCAGCGAAGGGAAAGGACGACAUUUACAAGAGCUCAGUUGGACAUUCUGGAAUCAUUAUUCACUAAAACCCGUUAUCCCGAUAUUUUCAUGCGGGAGGAGGUCGCGAUGAAGAUUAAUCUACCGGAGUCCAGAGUCCAGGUGUGGUUUAAAAACCGUCGUGCCAAAUGUCGUCAGCAGCAACAGCACCAGAACGAUGGGUCAUCGACGAAGAGCUCGCGCUCCAAGAAAACCAAACUUUCCCAUCCAGCCACAACAUCUCCAGAUACGAACUCCCGAAACUCUGUGUACAAACCAGCUCCCUUAACUCCUGCUCCGGCUCCCUCUCCGUCUCCUGUGACAUCAAACGGCACAGGCUCGAUGUGGAGUCCAGCCAUGACCCCGAUGUCGGAUCUGAUGUACGGUAGCAGCUGCAUGCAGAGAUCGUCCUACCAAAUGACCAACAACUGCUAUUCUCAGGGUUACGGAUCGUCGUCCUACUAUGGAAACAUGAGUAUGGAUUAUCUACCGCCACCAAUACCGCAUGCGCAGUUGAGCGUCUCUACGGUGAAUUCCUUGAGCCAGAUGAACAUACCCGUGAUGACGUCACAUAUGAACUCCGUAGGUUUACCGUCUGCACAGCCUUUAACCCCGCGAACUCCCCCUAUAAACGGAAAUAUUUCAGCAACCGAAUGUUUAGAUUAUGGCUUUGAGAAGCCGCCUACGUGGAAGUUUCAGGUAUUGUGAUAGGGGUGUUUACUGUGACGACAUCUUAGUCAGAAUUAUUUGUAUCGGUACAAACUAACUUUUGGAUACGUUUCCAACAUCUCACAAAGAAGGAGUUGGAUUUACUUGGAUUUCUUCCUUGUAACCACUCAGUCGAAACUAUUUUCACGAAUAAAGGAUAAUUUGAUUUUCUUUUUUUCAUAAGUGUUAACCAGAUGGAAAAUUUUGAAGUUAGGAUUUGAACCACAAAUUUCGUAACCGAAUCUUAAUAUCGUUUAGUUUAAUUUGUUUUACGUGAUACAUAGCUUCAAAGACAGUGACAAACUGUGAUAUUAUUCAUGAUAUACUAAUGAUACAUAGGAAACUAUAUGACUGAGUGUGAUGAGCGGUAUCUGCGAUCAAGAAUUCAGUCUAGAAACUAACAACGUUGAUAACAAAAUAAAAUUCCUGUCAUAAUGGAAUUGAGUUAAUUUUGUUUCCUAGAAGUGAAUCUCAGAUUUACAGAUAAGUCACGUUAAACAAGUUCCUUCUCUGGUAAGGCUAUAACAUUCACUAUUCUACUCGCCCUUCUGAUUCGAUAGAGCAAUCUUCUAGAAUACAGAAUAAUUACGACAUAUUUAAUAAUGCUGUCUUGUAAACCGUGAUAAGAUCUAAAAAAUAAACUAAAAAUCAAUAAAGCCGGAUGUCAGAGAUUUAUAACUUCCCUUCGAUACAAACAUGUUGUUGCGUAGAUCUUCACUUGAUUACUCUUUGUUUUUACUUUACAUUCGAACAAUCGCACGUGGAGUGACUAUGGUUACACUCUUUAAAAAGUUUACUGUUUACUGGCAGCCCAUUGUACAUUGUAUUCUUUCUG